AUGGCUAGUUGCUCCUUCGCUGGCAACUGAGCGCUAAGGAGACUGAGAGCUGCUGCAGCAGCAACCUCCGCAGCUCUAGCAGCAGUGGCGACCACCCCGCUUCCUUCCUCGGAAACCCCGACCGCACUCAUUGGGACCGGGUCGUCCUGUCCGGGAGCCUUGUGGCUCCCCACGGCCACUGGCUCCCGGUCAGACUCCGAGUCCGAAGAAGAGGACCUCCCCGUCGGGGAUGAAGUCUGCAAACGCGGCUACCUGAGGAAGCAGAAGCAUGGGCACAGACGUUACUUCGUCCUCAAACUCGAGACCGAAGACGCCCCGGCUCGGCUCGAAUACUACGAAAAUGCCAGGAAGUUCCGGCACAGUGUCCGCGCCGCGGCCGCUGCGGCAGCGGCUGCUGCCUCCGGUGCGCCGAUCCCCGCGCUCAUCCCGCCCAGGCGAGUGUUCAUCCUGCACCAGUGCUUCUCCGUGAGCCAACGAGCUGAUGCCAGGUACCGAUACCUCAUUGCCCUUUUCACCCAGGACGAGUACUUCGCGUUGGUGGCCGAGAACCAGUCGGAACAAGAAAGCUGGUACUCGCUCCUCAGCCGCCUCAUCCUCGAGAGCAAGCGCCGCCGCUGCGGCUUGCCAGGCGCGCAGCCGGACGGAGAGCCGGAUGCCCUGGAAGCAGCAGCGGCGACGGGGCCAUGCUUCUAUAAAGAUGUGUGGCAGGUAGUAAUAAAACCCAGGGGGCUGGGGCACAGAAAAGAGCUGAGCGGCGUGUUCCGGCUGUGUCUUACCGACGAGGAGGUCCUGUUUGUAAGGCUCAAUACCGAAGUGGCCAGUUUGGUCGUCCAGCUCAUGAGCAUUCGUCGCUGUGGUCACUCAGACCAGUACUUCUUCUUGGAAGUUGGCAGGUCCACUACCAUCGGUCCAGGGGAGCUAUGGAUGCAGGUGGAUGACUGUGUGGUGGCCCAAAAUAUGCAUGAGUUGUUUUUGAAGAAGAUGAGAGCCUUGUGCGCAGACGAAUACAGAGCCCGAUGCCGCAGCUACAGCAUCAGUAUCGGCGGCCACCUGUUAACCCUGCUGUCCACUAGGAGGCACCUGGGCCCGCACCAGCUGGAACCCUGCGGCUGGUUCCGAAGAUACCGCUUGGAGCACUUAAGCCACCUCAGGGCAAUCAGUGACAGGGAAGAGAUGCUCUUUAACAGGCGCUUCAAACCCUCUGAGCCUCUACCUCCCUCCAGGCUAGGAAGGGGGCACCUGCCCAGAGCCGGCAGGUCCAGGAGAGCGGUUUCAGUACCACCCAGUUUUUCCCACCGCUUAGCACCUAGCCCCCCGGUACGUGUCUCACACCACGAAGAAGUCUCCAACUCUAGCAACUCUGCAGAAAAAGACAAGGACGCUGAGGAAGGUAACGAAGGUGAUUAUAUGCCCAUGAACAACUGGGGCUCAGGAAAUGGCCGGGGAUCAGGAGGUGGCCAGGGCUCAAGCGGUCAAGGCUCCAGUAGUCAGAGCUCAGGAGGAAACCAGUACUCAGGUGGCAGGCAGGGAUCUGGAGGUGGCCAGGGUUCAGGAGGUCAGGGUGCUGCUGGAGGAAACCAGUAUUCAGGAAAUGGCCAGGGCACAGCAGGUGGCCAUGGCUCAGGUGGAGGCCAGAGGCGUGGAGGUGGCCAUGGCUCAAGUGGUGGCCAGGGACCUGGCGAUGGACGUGACUCAAGUGGUGGCAAGAACCCAGGAGGGGCCAAGGGCUCAGGAAGUGGGAAAAACUCCGAUGAUGGUGACCAUGGAAAAUCUCUGAAGAAAAAAUCGUACUUUGGUAAAUUCACUCAAAGCAAGCAACAGCAAAUGCUGCCACCGCCACCACCGCCGCCUCCACCCCCAUCAACUGGAGCAACUGGUGGGAAAGGGAAGUCUGGGGGAAGAUUCCGACUUUAUUUUUGUGCAGACAAGGGAGCCACAAAAGAACGCAAAGAAGUCAAAGAGGUGAGAGAUAUGGAGACCCUAGAAGGUGCAACCCGGGCGCCUUACAGAGCCAGAGCUUUUGAUGAAGACGAGGAUGACCCAUAUGUGCCAAUGAGGCCAGGGGUGGCUGCUCCCCUUGCGUGUUCCAGUGACUAUAUGCUAAUGGCUCCUCAGCAUUCCUCCGCUUCAAAGAAGGGCCACUCUAAGUCACCAUUUGAAGCCUCCAGAGGGUACAUGAUGAUGUUUCCCAGAGUGAGCCCACCGCCACCUGCCCCAAGUCCUCCAAAAGCACCGGAUACUAAUAAAGAGGAUGACUCUAAGGACAAUGACAGUGACAGUGACUACAUGUUUAUGGCUCCUGGAGCGGGUGCGAUUCCUAAAAAUCCCCCCAAUCCUCAGGGAGGUUCUUCCUCCAAAAGUUGGAGCUCUUACUUCUCUCUGCCAAGUUCUUUUCACAGUUCUCCCUUGGGACAGAGCGACCAUAGUGAGUACGUUCCAAUGUUGCCUGGGAAAUUCCUGGGGAGGGGUCUAGACAAAGAAACCUCUUUCCCCCCGCGCACCAAAGAUGUGGCUUCGGAGACUGAGUGGUCAUUCUCCAAACCUGGAGAUAGGGGGUCACCUGCAAAGCCUUCAGAUGAUGAGUGCCCAGUGAACAAGGCUGAGGGACUUAACCGACUUUCUUUUAUUGCAGAAGGAAAUAAUAUCAAGGCCAAACCAGUAAAUCCCACACAGGAGCAGAGAGGAGCUGAUAGCUCUCAUGACUAUGUCAACAUUGACUUCAUUAAGAGAGAGCUCCGUGAGCCUGCUCUCUCUGCUCAAGGACUGCCAGAUUCGUGGGGCUUAAUUAUUGACCCCAGACGCACAGGUAUUUCUAGUUACCUGAAUGUUGAAGUCGGGGUGCCCUUUCCAAAUUCAGCAAUCCGUCUCUCAGAUCUUUUACGAGUUCUACCAGGUGCCAGCUCCAUCUCUCUGGCCCGUACUAGGUGGCCCUUUUAUCCUUUUCCAGGCAAUGCUACAGGUAGCAUUGUGGAAGAGGGUGAAUACAUUGAAUUAUUUUUCAACCCAGUCAUGAGACCAAUCGUGCCUUUUGCUGACUGUGCCAUUCGCUAUGAUGCUCUAACCGGUGAAAUGUAUGUAGUCGACCCAUUUUCUGAGUGCUGUAUGGACGUUUCUCUCUUUCCUGGUCGAUAUUCUCAUCCGCCACCUGUAGCUAGGCUGCUGCUGCAGGAGGAAGUGCAGGAGAGAAGACGCCCACAAAGCCGUUCCCAAAGUUUAUUCGCCAACAUCCGAGCCGCGGUCUCUGCUUUCCCUACUGACAUCUUCGACAGAGAUUUUCCCGCCGUUUCGGCCAGGGAUGCUGAUGUAACUGAGGAGCCCCUCUUGGCAGUGAGCCAGGCGUUAGCGGUGGUCUCUGCACUCGCAGCGGCCCCUGGCUUUGGCGUUCUCUUUGGCGGCUUCCAGAGCACUGCCAGAUUUGACUCCGCCUCCUCUCGCUGGUUCCAACCUGUUGCUAAUGCUCUGGGUGCCCAGGUUGUAAGAGAGGUCCGGGACAUUACAGCAGGCUGAAAUCAUGGAGCAGGUAACCAAGCUGCCGGAGGUGAGGACCUGGCGGCCGGUGCAGCCGCUCCCCCAUCUCCACCUCGCCAGCGAAGGGUGCUGAGACCCCCAGAGAGCGAGGAUUCCGAGGACAGCGACGACGAUGACGACGACAUUUACGUGAGAAUGGACUUUGCCAGACGUGACUACAAGAAGUGAUCACUCUCCGAAAAGAGAGUGAUUACCUUGCCACCAAAACCAAACACCUUUUAGAAGAAAAACGACACAGAAUUCAUCUUCAUCUACUCCAGAUCUGCCUAAAGGAAAGAAAAUGCUUCUGUAUAGAAACCAGCCUCUGUUCCUACCAGUCAACUGGACCGUGGCAGCUGAAUGAGCCUGUUCAUGGAGUUCAUUCUCACUACUGCCUCCUGGAUCCAUUGAUUGACUUAAAGAUGUUCACACUGUACAUAGGCUUUAUGUCCUAGCUUCCCUGACCUGUCCCUUUGAAAGGAAUAAGAUGCUGUAAGUUAGUAUCUCAUAACACUUCCCUUUUCCUCUCUAAAAAUGUGUUCAGUUUAUGUAAAUACAGCCAGUACCAACUUUAAUGACAUAUAAUACUUGGAUGAAUUUCAACGUGAACAUCUUUAAACAAUGGCAGAUAAAUA